UAUACCUUAUUUCAAUUGAAUAAUUUCCACCCAAUUUUUAUAAGAAAUUUUUGCAAAAAUUAGAAAAAAUUUCUUCCAUAUUUAGAUUAAUCUAAAUAUGCAGGAAGUUAUCUUUGGGAGUGGAUUAAUAUUAUUUAAAUAAUUUUCAACUUUAUAUACUUAUUUAAUAAAUUCUAUGUAUUUCUAUUGAUUAAUCAUCAGUUAAAAAUCAAAAUAUAUUGUAAAAAUGAUUGGAGGACUAUUUGUAUACAAUCAUAAAGGCGAGGUUCUGAUCUCCAGAGUGUACAGAGACGAUAUAGGUCGAAAUGCUGUUGAUGCGUUUCGGGUAAAUGUUAUUCAUGCAAGGCAGCAAGUUCGCUCUCCAGUAACGAAUAUUGCUCGCACUAGUUUUUUUCAUAUAAAGAGGGCGAAUAUUUGGUUAGCUGCAGUAACAAAACAAAAUGUCAAUGCUGCAAUGGUUUUUGAGUUUCUACUUAAAAUAAUUGACGUAAUGCAAUCAUAUUUUGGCAAAAUAUCUGAAGAAAACAUCAAAAAUAAUUUCGUACUAAUAUACGAAUUACUCGAUGAAAUCCUGGAUUUCGGAUAUCCUCAAAACACUGAUACUGGUGUACUGAAAACAUUUAUUACUCAACAAGGUAUAAAAUCAGCCACCAGGGAGGAGCAAAUGCAAAUAACUUCUCAGGUUACAGGACAAAUUGGUUGGCGGAGAGAAGGUAUAAAAUAUCGUCGAAAUGAAUUAUUUCUUGAUGUUUUAGAAUAUGUAAACCUAUUAAUGAGUCCUCAGGGACAAGUACUCUCAGCACAUGUGGCCGGAAAAAUUGUAAUGAAGUCAUAUUUGUCAGGUAUGCCUGAAUGUAAAUUUGGAAUUAAUGAUAAAAUUGUAAUGGAAUCUAAGGGAAGGGGACUUUCUGGUGGGGCCGCAGAAGCAGAUACUACAUCCAGGUCAGGAAAACCAGUAGUCGUUAUUGACGAUUGUCAAUUUCAUCAAUGCGUUAAGUUAUCAAAAUUCGAAACAGAACAUUCUAUUAGCUUUAUCCCACCUGAUGGGGAAUUCGAAUUGAUGAGAUAUCGUACAACAAAAGACAUUUCCUUACCAUUCCGCGUAAUACCUCUAGUACGUGAAGUUGGACGUACAAAAAUGGAAGUAAAAUGUGUUCUUAAAUCCAACUUUAAACCAUCCUUAUUAGGUCAAAAAAUUGAAGUUAAAAUACCAACUCCUUUGAAUACUUCUGGGGUUCAGCUUAUAUGUCUAAAGGGAAAAGCUAAAUAUAAAGCAUCUGAAAAUGCAAUAGUCUGGAAAAUAAAGAGGAUGGCUGGUAUGAAGGAAACACAACUUUCUGCGGAAAUCGAAUUACUUGAAACUGACACAAAAAAGAAAUGGACGAGACCACCAAUUUCAAUGAAUUUCGAAGUACCAUUUGCUCCCUCAGGAUUUAAGGUACGAUAUUUGAAAGUCUUUGAACCAAAGCUCAAUUAUUCUGAUCAUGACGUUAUUAAAUGGGUGCGCUAUAUUGGACGUAGCGGUUUAUAUGAGACACGAUGCUAGAACAAUAUUAUAUGUGCAAGUGUGUGCAUUAUAAAACUUGGAAUUUUUUCUUCAAAAAAAUUUUCAUACAAAUAAGCGGAACAAUAAUUCUUUUUUUGUUUUUAAUAAUUAUGAUGGAGUGCUUACACUUGUAUGUUGGCACAAAAAAUUUGAAUAUUAUGUUGUUUCAGUUUUUUUUCUAAAAUUUAGCAUUGUUAAAAAAUCUUAAAAAAAAAUCCUUUACAAAAACAGCCUUUUAUGUAAAUUAUAAUGCUCUACUAUUUGAAUAAAAUACGUCUUGGCGUAUAAAAUUAGCCCAAUAUUCAAUUUUUAAUUGAAUUAUAAAUAGUUAAACAUAAUUAUAUAAAGUAUUGAACUUUUAAAGUUAAUUGUAAAAAUUAAUUCAUGAAACUCUAAUUUGAUUAUCUAACUUAAAAUUGAUGUUAUAAAAUAAUAUAC